AUGGAACAGCUGAUGCGCGAGCUCGGCCAUGACAGCCAGUCUUUACGAGCCGACAGAGCACAGCUAUUGGCUGCGCUCCCCACCACAGGGGAGUCGUCUACGCGGCCUCUCCAGAUCCUCCACGAUUUGUUGAAAGAGGAGUCUGGACCGCGGCCUGUUUUUGCCCUUGUCAAGUGUCUUACGCGAGUGUAUAAACAUCUUCCCGAGGAUGUGAAAACUGGAAAAGAUGAAGCGUCUGCUCUUUUGUUAAGAGAGACGUCGGAUUUGGUCAAGGCUUCAUAUUCUUCCCUUGCACAGUUUAUUGCGCCUGAGAAUAAGCCUGCGCUGAGGGCAUCUAGUGGUGGGGAUGUCAUCUCGCAUCGCGAACUACACCAAUUUGUCAACGACUUCCAACUUCCUGUCGACACAGCGCGCAAACCUGUUGUUUCUAUCGCCGUGCCGAAUGGACCUCUUCUAGCAGCGACUUGUAUCGCUGUGACGACAUAUUACACAGCAUCACCUAUCAACCCCGCCGCCGGUCCAGAACAAUUCCGAGCCGAUAUCCUACAAGCGCGAGCGGAUUUUAUCUUGACGACACAUGAAGAAUAUGAGAAGCUACAACUCAACGCACCAUGGGUGUCAGAGAAUGGAAUUCGGGUAUUUUUCGUCGAUUGGGUCGCUGGACAGGGUCUUUCUGUCAAGACGUUGAAUGGUGAUGCGUUAUCUGCUGGUUCGGAUCGUGUCGCUAAUAAGGCUGAUGACGUCAGUCUUAUUCUCUUCACGAGUGGUACUUCUGGUACGAAGAAGGUUGUGCCGCUUACGACUCAUUCUAUCGUCACUGGUGUAGUCGCCGUUAUUGAAUCAUGGGGUCUUACAUCGGAGGACAUUUGUCUGAACAUGAUGCCCUUGUAUCAUGUUGGUGGUUUGGUACGCAACAUCUUUGCGCCUAUCUUUGCGGGCGGUUCAACAGUCUGCUGUCCCUCCUUCGACGCCAAUUUGUUCUGGGAUGUCGCCGAGACUAUCCAACCGACAUGGUACUAUGCUUCUCCUUCUAUGCAUUCAGUCAUCGUCGCAGAAGCAGCUGCCCGGCCUGAAGCGCUUAGCAAGAGCAGAAUAAGACUUGCUUGCAAUGCUGCGGGUGGUCUCCUUCCUUCUUUGGCGUAUCAGCUUCGCGAUACCUUCGACUGUGUUGUUCUUCCCAGCUAUGGAAUGACAGAAUGCAUGCCCAUUUCCACACCACCACUGAACUACCGUCUCGACCGCGAAGGUACGUCCGGUAUCAGCACCGGUCCCGAACUCACCAUCCUCGACUGGUCAGAAGACUCUGUUCCAAACGGCACAGUCGGUCGCAUUUGUGUUCGCGGUGAGCCCGUCUUCCCAGGCUAUCUACGACCUGAUGGUACAUACGACAAAUCCCCCUUCAACGCCAGCGGCUGGUUCGACACCGGAGAUCUGGGCUACAUGGAUGAUGAUGGUUAUCUUUACAUCACCGGUCGAAGCAAGGAAGUCAUCAACCGUGGUGGCGAGCUUAUUUCUCCAUUUGAAGUUGAGAACGCUAUCAUGACUUCUUCUCGGUCUGUGGAUUCACCUAUAUAUGGCCGUGUAUCGCAAACAUUGGCUUUCUCGGCAAGCCAUGAUGUUCUUCAAGAAGUCGUCGGUGUGGUCCUCGUCACACCACCCAAUGUUCCUCGCGUGGAUCUCAGGACUCUUCAUGCGGCAUUGAAGUCCUCUCUUCAGCAAGCCAAAUGGCCUGUUCUCAUCGCCUACAUGAAUGACGUUCCCAAGAACAACGGCAAGGUUCUAAGAAUUAGUCUGGGUAAGCGCAUGGAUCUUCCCACCGUUACAGAUGACACGCCUCAUAUGGGAAGACAUUGGGAUGCUGUCUGUCCUCCGCCUGAUACCAAGCUCUCUGUAUCAAUUGAGUCUCAGCCUUGCCGGGUGGAUUACCACACCCUCUCAUCUCAGAUCCAGAGCGUUGUGCCUGGUCAUGUCGAUGUGUUCUGUCUUCAGGGCUCUGAUGGUGCGCCCCAAGCAGUUUUGGCUCCCAAGACGGGCGACAUUACUGUCGAUUCCUCCGUGACGAGUAACAUUCGUCACGAACUUGUUGGUCUUGUUGACAACUAUGCUAUCCCCAGCGAGAUCCACAUUCUCGACCGCCCCCUCCCUCGCAACUCCUCCGGCGAAGUCAACAUCGAACUUCUCCAAUCUCAACUCGACGAACUUCUCCAAGCCUCUAUGAAGCAACUCGAAGGAAGCACUGAAGGUCUCAUCACCAAAGCCUUCGCCGAAGUCCUUUCUCUUCCACCAUCCGACAUCCCGCGCGAUGUGGAUUUCUUCACUCUUGGAGGUGACUCUCUACGCGCAGGACGUCUCCUCGCUGCUCUUCGAUCCGAGUUCAAUAUCUCCAUCCCCAUCACUACCGUCUUCAAUGAUGGUACUGUGGCCAAGCUUGCCGCGCAUGUUGAUGCGAAGCUCGAGGCCAAGAAGGAGGGCGGUGAUCAAGAAGACACCGUCGAAGGCUGCACCAAGACGUAUAGUUCUACGAGCCCUCUUCUCAUGAUCCUCCAACUCGUUCCCAUGAUGGUAGUCUACCCCCUCCGUCGCGCAUUCCAAUGGACAUGUUUCUUCGUCGCAUUGGCAUACAGCCAGAAACUCGCCACCAACGCCUCCGUCCCCGGUCGUUUCGUCAACUUGGUCGUCUCCAUGCUGAUCUCCCGUGCCGUCACCCGCUUCGUCUCUCCUUGGGUCGGUAUUAUCGCGAAGUGGCUCAUCAUUGGACGCUAUCGUGAGGGUAUGUAUCCUAUGUGGGGAUUCUACCAUACGCGGUGGUGGUUGGUGCAGAAGAUUGUCGCUGUUUGUGGAAAGGGCUUCUUCACUACCAAUGACUUUACUUUGAGCAUUUACUGUCGUCUAAUGGGUGCGUCAAUUGGUAAGAAUGUCAAGCUCAAGGGUUCUUCGAUUGGAGAGUGGGAUCUUGUUUCUAUUGGUGAUGAUGCGAACAUUACUGGAUGUACUGCUCGUCCGUUCGCCGCUGAAGGGAACACUUCGAUGUAUCUUGGUCGCAUCAACAUUGGUGAGAAGUGCACUGUUGGGUUCUCGUCUAUCGUCGUCCCGGGCACUACCAUGCCAGCCAACACCUGUCUGGGCUUCAAUUCUUCUACUUGGGAGAUGCAGGAUGCCAGCGAGGAGUACCGUGAUCAACUCCCCAGCGAGCGCAAGAAAGGCCACUGGCUUCUCAACAUCCUAUUCACCUUCCCUCUCAAGUUUCUAGCCAGGUUCGUCGCCGCCCUUCCAUGGGCCGGUGGUCUCGUCGGUAUGGUUCUCACCAAGGCUUCCUCUUCUACAUCUCCUCUUCGAAGCAGUGUCGAUUGGUUCUGCCAGCCUACUCGUAUCGGAUACCACUACCUAGCUCGCGUCGCAGGUUGUAUCUUCGGACCUUUCUUCCUCUUCGCUUUCGUCAUGAUCAUCAAGUCCAUCUUGGACUGCGUCUUCGGUAAGCUUCGCGCCACGUCUAAGCAGGAUACUUCUACCGUUUCUGCUUGGAGAGCGAAUCUGAUCAAGGAAAUUUAUCCUACGGGUAAACUUCAUGAUUUGACGAGUAUGUUCGGUACGCAUUACGAGGCUACUUCCAUGGCGCUGCGAGCGCUGGGUGCCAAGGUUGGACAGCGUGUUUAUUGGCCUGGAACUGGUCCUGGUAUUGGUGACUAUCAUCUCAUCGACGUCGGCAACGACGUUGUUUUCGGCUCAAGAUCUGCUCUUAUUACUUCUGAUGGCAUUGGUUCUGAGAAGAUCACCAUUCAAGACCGCGCCAUGAUCGCUGAUCGUGUCAACCUUCUUCCUGGCGUCACCAUCGGCGAGAAGGCUACCAUGGGCUCCGGAGCUUUGACCAAGCGAAACGGUAACUACGCUCAAGGUACAACGUACGUUGGUUCUCACGGCGGCGAUGCUAUUUGUCUGUCUACUGGUUCGAGUACCGAGAACAGCGCUCAAUCGUCCCUGCGUGAGAUGCAGUAUGAUGAGAAGAAGUUCCACAGUGACUCUGAGCCCAGUUCUGGUAGUGUCACUGAUGAAACUCUCGACAAGGACGCUCGGGCUCAAGAUCUAUCUCCAUUCGGACGAGCAUUCUAUCUCAAGCUUGCGCCUUACCAUGUCCUUGGUCCUUUCGCCAUCUUCUGCUACUCUACCUUGUUCGCUGUUUUUACCUCUGUUUACUGGGACGCAGCUAGUAUUUCAUCGAUCCAGAUCGUUCGUGUUGUGCUUAACCAGCUCAUCAGCACCCAUGCUAUCUGGUGGAAGGAUCUAGCCGCAAUUUUCGUCACUAUGCUUAUCGCCAUGGCUGUGCUUACCACUGUCCAAGCCAUUCUCGCUAUGGGUAUCGUGAUUGGAUCUAAGUGGAUUCUCAUGGGUCGUCGAACACCCGGCAACUACGACUGGGACAAGUCUUCCUACUGUCAACGCUGGCAAAUCUUCCUCGGUAUCGAACGUCUUCGAAGGAAUUGCUACGCAGGCAACGGCAUUCUGGGUCUCCUGACCGGCACACCGUGGAUCGUCUUCUACUUCCGUCUCCUCGGCGCCAAGAUCGGCAAGGACUGCGCGCUAUUUGCCAACGGCUCGCCAAGUCUCAUGUUCACUGAACCCGAUCUCAUCAGCCUGGGCGACCGUGUCGUCGUUGACGACGCAAGUGUGGUAGCUCAUAUCAACACACGAGGCAAAUUCGACUUGAACAGGGUUGAUGUUGGAGAUCGAUGUGUUUUGAGGACGGGAAGUAGACUUUUGAGUGGAGCUAGGAUGGAGAAUGAUAGUUGUUUGUUGGAACAUACGCUUAUUAUGGGCGGCGAUGUUGUUGAUGAGAAGGCUACUAUGCAGGGAUGGCCUGCUGAGAGGUUUACUCAGUCUGGCGGUGACGCAUCUGAAGAUGCCCGCAAUGCGCACUCAACAGAAGAACAGUUUUGA